AACCAAAAAUAUUGCGAGUGAAGAGGUGGUUUUCUGAGAAACUGAGAGAGUUUGCAUUGUGCAGUUCUAUCUAUCAAACCCUGAGCUUUGCAGAUCCAGGAAAUCCUCUUGUUCUUCAUUUGUUCUCUCACAUUGCCCCAGCAUUUGAAACCACACACUCAGUGGCGUCAGCACAACCAGAUUUUUCUUCUUCUCCUAGUGAUUUUCUAUUCAAAAUUUAGUAUGAACUUUUUUUACUCCUCUUAGUGAGGAUCCCAUGCUAGUGGUAGUGUUUUAUUACUACUUAAAAACACUAGGAGAAUUCCAUCUUUUUAUUAGUGCAGUACUCACAGUCUCCAGAGAACUGACCUCCCUCCGCAAUUGCAUUCACCCAAGCUUGCGCUUUCCACCACCCCCACGCUCCUGCAUGCUGUCACUACUGUACCUGCCACUGUCCUGUCAUUCUUAAGGCUUCAGUUGAAGGAAAACUUGGCCGGACAGCAAGAGUCCUGUCAUUCUCGAUCUCUUUCCUGUUGGCUGCCUACGCCCUACGGAUUGGAAAGAAGUAGACUACCCACGCACUGUCAAAGUGAGAGCGAGCAAAGAAAGGAAAGGCAAGGUCAUCGAUGGCUGCCGUGGUGACUGCAUCACACGGCGCUAUGGGCUCCCUGAUAGCGAAGCUUGGUGAUUUGCUCGCAGCUGAGUACAAGCUGCUCAAAGGAGCUAAGGGACAGAUCUUGUUCCUCAAAGCUGAGCUUGAGAGCAUGCAUGUCUUCCUCAAGAAGAUCUCAGAUACUGAGCAGCCAGAUGAGCAAGACAAGUGUUGGGCCAAGGAGGUACGUGAGCUGUCCUAUGAUAUUGAGGACAGUGUUAGUGAGUUCAUGCUCCGUGUGGAAAGCAAGUCAAGCAGCAAGCCACGUGGAUUCAUGGGUUUCAUAAAUAGAAGCACAAAGUUGUUGACUACCAUGAACAUUCGGCAUGACAUCGCCAAAGAGUUUGAAGGCCUCAAGGUCCAUGUCGUCGAGGUCAGGGAGCGACACAAGAGGUACCAGCAGACUAAUGAUGUUGCCUCUAGGACAACUAACACAACCAUUGAUCUUCGGUUAUUAGCAAUGUAUGCGAAAGCAUCAAGCCUUGUUGGUAUGGAUGGCCCCAGAGAUGAACUAAUUCAAUUGAUGGCUGGAGAGGAUGAGCUAAAGGUUCUCUCUAUUUUUGGCUUUGGAGGCCUAGGAAAGACUACACUUGCAAAUGAGAUUUAUCGCAAGCUCCAGGGGGAGUUUCAAUGUCGAGCCUUUGUGUCUGUGUCCCAAAAUCCAAACAUUAGGAAGAUUAUGAAAACGAUGCUAUCUCAAGUUGGCUAUGUACCUUCUAAGGACAUAAACAUAGAACUGUGGGAAGAUUCUGAGUUCAUUAGUGCGCUCCAAAAUUUUCUUCAAGAACAAAGGUACUUAAUCGUAAUUGACGACAUCUGGGAUGCUUCUGCAUGGGAUAUCAUCAGAUGUGCUCUUCCUGAGAACAUUAAUGGUAGCAGAGUAUUAAUAACAACACGAAUUGAAACCGUGGCUAGAGGAUGUUGCACCAAGAACAUUGAAUGUGUUUACAAGAUGAAGGCACUUAGUGACCAGGACUCAAGAAGCUUAUUCUUCAAAAGAAUUUUUGGUUCAGAGGAUGGUUGCCCUCCAAAUUUGAAGGAAGUGUCUGCUCAAAUUUUGAAAAAAUGUGGUGGUAUGCCACUUGCAAUUAUCACAACAUCUAGUCUAAUAGCCAGUCAACCAAGCAAACAAAAGGAGCACUGGGAAUAUGUAAGGGACUGUCUGGGCUCCAACUUUGAAAUGAGCCCAAGCUUGGGAGGCAUGAGACAAAUAUUGAAUCUUAGCUAUAUACAUCUUCCCCAUUAUUUGAAGACUUGCAUGCUAUAUUUGGGUAUUUAUCCCGAGGACUACAUAAUUGACAAGAAUGAUUUGACGAGGCGGUGGAUAGCUGAAGGUUUUAUAUGUCAAGCUCGUGGGAUGGAUCUUGAGGAUAUUGCAAAAUGUUAUUUUAAUGAGCUCAUUAAUAGGAGUUUGAUUCAGCCUGCACAUACAAACUAUUAUGGUGAGGUGAUGUCUUGCAGGGUACAUGAUAUGAUGCUUGAUCUUAUCCUACAUAAAUCCCGAGAAGAGAAUUUUGUCACUGUAAUAGAUGAUAUACGAGCCAUGACAGGACGUCAAGACAAGAUCCGUCGACUCUCUCUCAACCUUGAUGGUACAGUAGGUAAAAGGGUUGCAGGAUGUGUCCAGCUAUCCCAAACAAGAACACUGGCAAUAUUUGGAACCUCUUCAUAUUUACCUCCUUUUCAACUGUUCAAGUAUCUCCGUGUUCUCGGGAUUGAAAUUACAGUAAGGUCCUAUCCAACGCUGUCACUAGAUUUUACUGAGAUCCGUCAUCUAUUUCAGUUGAGAUCUUUAAAGAUCGUAGCAGAAGGUUGCAAGGUGGUGUUACCUAGUAAAAUUGGGAGUAUGCAGCAAUUGGAAACAUUUGAAAUCAAUGCUACUAUAAAAUUGUCUAAUGGACAAUCAUUUCGUGAACUACCAUCGGAUAUAGUUCAUCUGAGCCAGUUAUUGCAUCUGAUUAUUCCAGAUGGCACAAUGUUGCCAAACGGGAUCGGUGACAUGAAAUUCUUGCGUACUCUGCACUGCUUCGAUUUAUGUAACUCAACAAACAGUAUCAAGGGUCUAGGGGAACUGACCAAUUUGACCAGUCUUGAAAUAAUAUUUGGUUAUUCUAGACAAAUGGCUAUUGAUGAGAUUAUGGAGAAAGGCAGGGAAGUUCUGCAGACUUGUCUUGGAAAGCUUUGCAACCUCAAAUGUCUAUAUAUGAAUAUUCAUUCUCCCAGGUUUCCCUAUUUUGAUGCGUUGAGUUCAACAUCUGCUUCUUUCCAUCAUCUCGAGAUAUUCUGUGGACCCAAGUUCUCAAGGGUUCCUGGAUGGAUCAGCCAACAACAUAACCUCUAUGAGCUGGAUCUUGAUGUUAAGCAAGUGUUUGAGGAAGAUGUUGGAAUUCUUGCACAGCUGCCCUCACUUAUCAACCUGCUGUUGCACAUCCGAGGAACUCCUAAAGACAAGAUCAUCAUUGGUCUAAGUGGAUUCCCUGUUCUGAAGCGUUUUACAUUUGGCUGUAGCAGGAUGUCGUGCCUGGCUUUUGUGGCAGGGGCAAUGCCCAAGCUUGAAAGGCUCCAGCUAAAUUUUAAUGCGAAGGGGUGGGACAGGUACGGCGCUGCACCUACUGGAACCGAGCAUCUCUCAGGCCUCAGGGAAAUCUACAUACGCAUUGGGGUCGCGGCUGCCAGGGAAUCCAACAGAAGAGCUGCAGAGUCCGCGUUGAGGAAUGCCAUAGAGAUGCACCCAGGUCGACCUGUAGCCAACAUCAAGUGUGAGUAUGGAUAUUAUGCAUUUGAGGACUACUUCACAUUUGAUGAUGAACGAGAGGAUGUGAGCGACAGCAGCACUUGAAGUUGAAGGCCAAAUGCAAGCUCUCUUUGUCUGGCUCAUUGUUUUUCUUCCUCUCACGCAUGCCUGUAUAUCACCUGACUAACUACAGGCGAUGCUUUUUGGUUGCUCUUCACAGGACAGGAUUUCUUAUCUCAGCUCUUCGUUGAAGAGGCCGACCUGCAACCAUUUUAUUUUGGACUUCAAAGGCACGUAGCGGAUUUAGUUUCCGACCUGCAACCAUUUUAUUAACCAACCUGCAUCAUCCAUUGGCUCCAACCUAAACCUUUGUAUUUAUUUCUCGAUUGUACGACUUGGUUAAUUGUUUUCAUACUUGAUAAAUCCUGUAGAUGCAUGCAGUUAGUUCUGAAUCUGCAGCAUCACCAACACCUGAGGUGUGGUGUGGGUGUGGUGGGAGUGGGACUGUUGAGUUGGAACUUGGAACCAUCUGCCAUCUCAUUUUCUUGUAAUAAUAAUCAUAUGGAUUGUGAACAUACCUGUUCGUCAUGUAUUUUUAUUGGCUACUAAAUUAUGCUAGUAAAAUACAACUGAUGGAACAAGUAUACUCUGCUUCCAAUAGAAUUCUGA